AUGUCAAGGCUGAAAGACCUCCAGGACUCACAGAAAGCACUUGGAAUAGAUCAUGAAACGAAGUUCAACCAGAUCAAGGACAGCAUCAUUCAUUUGACUGGGCAAGAGCAUCAGAAACAUGUGGUACAGAUCGCAGAGCAAGGUGCUCAGCUGUUAAGCCUAAAAGCCAAAGUGGAUGCACUUUUGAAGGAGCACUCCGAUUCUUCGAAGGCUAUACGAGUCCCAGGCAGCGGGAAGUCCACUUUGAUGAAGUACAUCUCAGAAGACGAGCGGACCCGAGACAAGUUGAAGACUUGGUCACGUACAGAGAAGCUCUACAUCGGAAGCUACUUCUUCUGGAAUCAAGGCAGCGAGAUGCAGAAAAGCCGGACGGGCCUCAUGCAGUCUUUACUUUACCAGAUCCUGAGAGCUUCACCGGAACUCAUUCCACCGGAAGUCGGUGGACGACUAGAUCACGAGGUGUGGGACAUGAAUGAAAUGAUUGCCACAUUCGAGUAUAUCGCGAACCAGACUCGGUAUAGCUCCAAAUUCUGCUUCUUCAUCGACGGUCUCGACGAAUACAAUGGCGAUGAAAAUGAUAUAGCGCCGAUGUUGAAGGUAUUGAUAUCUUCUCCGCAUAUCAAGCUUUGUGCGUCUAGUCGACCAGGGCGGCUGUAUGAACAGUCGCUACGCCGCGAGGAUCGUGCCUUUGAUAUUGCGCGUUUCACCAAGGAAGACAUGCGGCACUACGUUCAAAAUCGCCUUACUGUCAACACAAAGUUUCAAAGGUUAUCCUUACAAGGAACGGGGUGCCAAAAUAUUAUUUCAAAUAUCUCUGGACAUGCACGCGGCGUUUGGCUGUGGGUGUUUCUGGUGACUCGCGACAUCCUAUAUGAGGUGGACCGUGAUGAGGGCAUACUCACGCUUCAGAAGAUAGUCAACGAGUUUCUAUCUGACCUAGAGAGGUACUUCGAACGUAUCAUCGAUAGGAUCAAGGACCGACACAAGGAGGAGAUGGCCCAGACCUUCCUGGUCACCGUUCAUGAGCUGCAACCUCUGCCUUUGUUUGCUUUUGCGCUACUUGAAAGGGAACGGACACGGCCAGACUACGCUCUCGAGACACCGAUUGAACCAGUCUCAUUGGAUGAAAUAGAGCCAAAACAUCCGGUUUGGCAAGCUCGCGUGCGCAAUAGAUGCGGGGAUCUUCUCGUCAUCGAUCCUGGGCCUCAUCCAGUGUAUCUUAGCCAUUCAGUCGACUUCAUGCAUCGAACUGUGCGAGACUUCCUCCGCGACUGCUAUCACGAUAAUCUCAGAAAUUAUCUCACACAUGAAUUCAGUCCUUUAGUAUCGCUAUGUAAGAUUCACUUGUGUCUGCUGAAAGCUUUGCCGGUCGACAACUUCAGAGACCGCAGGUCAGUCAACAGGAUCAUUGGUCUCACAGAUGAGUUACUAUACUACGCUCAUGAGGCGGAGAAAAACUGCACGCACCAGGAGCAGAGAACUCUGGACGGAUUGCUGAACGAGUUGGAUAAGGUGAACAGUCAUCAUGCGCGUAGUAUUAGAAACCACUGGACACAUGCCCGAGACUCUCCUGCGAAGUUGGGUUUCGACCAUUAUCGCGAGGGAGGACAAUGUAACUUCCUCGCGUUGGCCGUUCAGGCCAGGCUAGCCAAAUAUGUUAGUACAAGGCUGCAAGCGGACAAGCAGAUCAUGCAAAAGGGAGGCAGACCACUGUUGGACUACGCGCUUCGCCCACGCCGUGUCACUCCAAUCUCUAUGGACUACCAUACGACAAGAGACGAUCCCAGCGUCGAUAUUAAAAUGGUGGAAUUGCUCCUUGCGCAUGGCGCGAACCCAAAUCAGUCGGUCCAUCUUUACGAUGGUGAAUCUGUGUGGGCCCUGUUUCUUCUGUCUAUCCACGAGGCGAAUCGGCAAGAGGGAUCUGGCACGUCACCACCCGAGAGUCUAAAAACUGCUUGGUACGCAUCAUGCGAAGCAAUGAUUAGAGUCGGCGCUCAGUCUGAUCACAUAACUGUGGUUGUGAAGGGUCGGCCUGGGCUCAACACAACCACGAUCCUCAGUGGCGUCUUUGGACCUGAGAGGGCGAAAAUUCUGGAGGAUCAAAUAGAAGCUAUCGCAGCUCGUAAGGAAAUGGAAGGGGAGAAAAGCGAUUCUGAGAAUUUCUGUUUGAUGAUGUAA